AUGGCUCGCAAGCGACCGGCAGAUGAUGACAUUGACUGGGUGGCCCUUCUCGAUGACGAUCUGGAUGACGUGUUGACGGAGGUGGCCAACAAGGCUAGUAGCUCUAGCAAGGCGACCACAUCUUCGCUGGUUGCUGGUAAGAGUUCUUCAAGUCAGCCUUCAGGUAUCGAAAUGAUCACCAUUGGUGGUGAUGAGGAGUAUGACGAAGAUGAUGAUGAGCAGUUGGCAAAAGCGAUUGCCCUUUCGCUGCAAGACAACUCUCGCAGUGGAAGCAGCUCCGGCUCCAUGCCCGAUGUUAUGUUCCUCCCAGGUUGCUCUAAUUCAACCGUUACCUCUUUCCCUUCCACUUCCGCCUCAGCAGCCUCUUCGUCCUCGCACAAAAUGUCCGACGCUGAUCUGGCGGCCAUUUCAGGCGCUCUAAAAGAUCUGGAGCAUAGUUUCAACGCAAAACAGGCUGUCGCCGAUGAGGCGACGCUGAAGACCAUUGAGCUGAUGGAGAUCGCCGACCAGCUUGAGCUGGAAGACUCAAAGCUGGAGUCGUACAAUCCACAGCACGCGGCCACCAUUCGCUCGCUGCCCAUUGUCCACCCCGACUUGGAGCAACUGGACCCUAACCCGGACAUUUACCAGCUGUUCCGCGAGUUUGACGACCUUUUCUUUAAGGGCUUUCUCAAGCAGACGGCCCUUCGUCUUGACUGGGCAAAGAACUUCUACAGCUGUGCUGGCGCCUUCUAUCCGCAAAAGGACGGCAUUCCGACGAUUCUGCUCUCGGCGAACCUGCUCACGCUGCGACCUCGUCGCGACCUGGUGGAGACGCUGAUCCACGAGAUGAUUCACGCCUACAUCAGCCUGAAGGGAGGUCGCGACACCGGCGAACACGGCGUCGUCUUUCACAGUCACAUGAAGCGCAUCAACGACCAGGCGGGCACGAACAUCACCGUCUACCACAGCUUCAACGACGAGGUGAGCUACCUGCGCAAGUACAUCUGGCGCUGCUCGGGCGCCACCUGCCAGGCCGCCCAUCCCUACCGCGGCUACGUCAGUCUGCCCACCAAACGCCGCCCCAGCAAGUGGGACAAGGCCUAUCGCCUCCACCUGGAACGAGGCUGCACUGGCACUUUCCAGCAGGUGAGCGACAACUUUGCCGACGAUGCUAAGCAAGCGCAGAUAAAGGCGUCUUUGAAGAAGGCAGAACAGGAGAAGGAGCGCGAGAAGAAGAAAGCCCAACUGGAGCUGGAGAAGGAGAAGAAGAAAGCGGAACGAGAAAAGGAAAAGGAGAGGAAGAAGGCCGAAAAGGAGGAGCAGAAGAAGAAAGAGGCUGCGGCUAAGUUCUUCGAAAAGAGUAAGAAGUGA